AUGAAAUCUCACGUGAGCCCCGAGCGCGCCCGCCACCUCGAGCGCAACCGCAUUGCCGCCAACAAGUGUCGCGAGCGCAAGAAGCGUGAACACAAGCUCAUCGAGCGUCGACUCAGCGACGAAACGGAAAAGAAAGAAAUCCUCCUCGCUCAACUCAACGUGCUCCGGGAAGAAGUCUGGGAUCUGAAGAAUAUUAUUUUCCAACACGCCGAGUGCGACGACCACCAGAUCAACAGCCAACUAGCCCGGAUGACCCAGUCUGUGCUCAGUCAUUCGGUUGAUAGUACAUCACCGACAUCUCAAACAUGGUCGGAGGAGGAUGCGAACGCGAAUGCGACCGGCAAUGAACUCAAGAUGGAGGGUGCCUUCGAAGAAUGUGACUGGUCCCUUCCGCCUACGAAUGACUUUUAUGAUCCUAUUUUGACGGAUUCGAUGUUUGAGAAUUUCAUUCAGACUGACAAUCCCUAUUCAUGA